AUGUCUAACAAUCAAUCAAUACAUAACAUUAUAAAUGGAAUGCCCAUACCUGCAAACUUGGUGACAGAGGCAGAUGGUCAUGAUGUGGACAUUGAACGAAUCAAGUUUAUAUUGAAGCAUACACCUACACCACCUGUAUCAGAUUAUAUGUUUCAAGAGAUAACAGAAGAGGUCAUAAUAACAAAGAGGAAUAAGGAAAGAAUAGGUGAUUGUACAAUCUGUGUAACAGAGUUCCCUUUAGAUACUGAAGCAAUUAAGUUACCAUGUAAACAUUAUUAUCAUUUCGAUUGUAUAACUGAAUGGCUAAAGAUGCACUCAUCUUGUCCAAACUGUAGAACACAACUACCAACAAACAAUAGUGAAUAUGAUUCAAUGAGAAGGAUUGUGGACGAAUACGAGCAGCGACAAAAGAGAGAAGAUGACGACCAGGACCGAUCUACAAAGCGAUCGACCUCAUCGACAAGUAGCAGCAUGUUCUCC